AUGUCCAUCAAAGAAGGUUAUCUGAAAAAGUGGUCCGAUCGUAAAAAUUGGCACAACGUUUACUGCAAGCUGUUAUCUAGUGGUUGGUUUCAGUGGUUUGACGAUUCUCAAUCCGUUUCGCCCAAGCGAAGUGUUGACAUUAGACGUGUAGCAGCGUUCCUAGCGUUUGGAGAAGUUAUUCAUCGUGUUCCAUGCAAGCCAACUGCACUAACAGCUACAGAAAUUCCUUUAUCUUUUGGAAUCCCCUUCGAACCUCGUGUGGGAACUGAAAUGGCUUGGUUCGUCUGCCCAGAUCAGGCAACAUUAAAAUCAUGGACAGAUGCGGUUAUGUCAUUAUUUAAACCAAGUUCAGUACCACCAGUUGCACCUCCACCAUAUCAAACUCCAUCGGUACCACCUGCAGGAGCGAUCGGUUUUGCAAUGCCUGAUCCAACGGCUUAUGGUGGAGUUCCUGCUGGUUACGCGGGUCCUCCUCCACCUGUUGGUCCACCGAAUUAUGGAUAUCCAACGAAUAAUUAUGUUCCACCACCAAUGCCACCACCAGCCGGUGCCUAUGUACCUGGAACAAGUUCUUACAGUGGUGGCGGUGCUUAUCAACCAAAUCCACAAGAUCAAGGUCAAUAUUUUGUAGGACAAAAUGGUCAACCAUAUCAAGUAGUCUAUGUGGAUGGUAAACCGAAAAAGAAAAAAUUUAGUGGAUUAAAAAAUGCUGCAGUUGGUCUUGCUUCAGGUGUAGCUGGUGGUUAUUUGGCAAGUCGUCUAUUUGGUGGUGGUUGGGGUGGAGGUUGGGGUGGUGGCUGGGGAUGCGGUGGUUUAAUGGGUCCAAGAUGGGGCAGUUGGAGUUCACUGUCUAGUUUCAGUUGGUCUGAUUAA